GAUAUCAACUGUUAGCUAGUCUAUGUAUUUUUCGUUUACUUCUCGGAGGGAUUUAACUUUGAGCAAGAGACCAUGCUUUGAGUUAUUCUCCAGCGCGUCGUUCUGUGGUUUGUCCCUCUCACGUCAGUUCAUGUCACAAUGUCACACCACAAAAGAGUACAAACCAAUCAGACGCGAGUAUUGCUAACACGUGAUUCCUCGUUUUGACUCGUGGUCUUUCUCAGUCGUGAGAUAUAGUGAGAGACAGAGCGUUUGAGAGAGAGACAUCACAACGAGUUGUGUAAUUUUAGGUAAGUUUUGGUCAUGACUGGAAGGGCCCGAGGGAGAGCAAGGGGGCGAGGAAGAAGCGAAGCCGCCCAGCCUGGAGGAGCCGAUGCGGCGCGAAGACCAGGAGAACCCCAGCCUGCCCCAGGCCGAGGGAGAUCAAGAGGACCUCCAGCAGGUGCUGUGGGGGUCGGACCACCGAAACCCCAGCCUCCUCCACAACAAGUAGCCCCACCGACUCAGCAAAUGGCGGCGAUGUCAGUGGAACCACGUGGGGCUGAACCCGAAGAGCGCAGAGAGAGGCGCGAAUACGGAUCCGAGCCUACAACCAGGAGAGACGGAUUCAACAAGGAAGGUUCUGUUGGGACCAAAGUAGGAAUAGUUUCCAACUAUUUUCGCUUGGAGACGAGACCCCAAGCCGCCAUUUAUCAGUAUAAUGUGUCCUUUAGUCCUGAAGUGGACUUCAAAAAAGCACGAUUUGCACUCAUCGGAGAGCAGAGAGAGCUCCUUGGGAAUAUUCGAGCGUUCGACGGAAUGGUGCUUUUCCUGCCAAAGAAGCUGCCGGAUCAAGUGACGAAGAUUAUGGCCGUGAGAACUCGCCGAGAGACCCCUGAUGAGCCUGUUGAAAUCACAAUAACUCUGACAAACGAGUUACCCGCUGAUAGUCCGACAUGUCUGCAUCUCUUCAACAUCAUCCUCAAGAGGAUUUUGAAGUACAUUGACAUGAAGCAAGUGGGAAGGAAUUAUUACUACAUCAAGAAUGCAAUUGCCAUCCCCAAGCACGGGCUUGAGCUGUGGCCAGGUUACACUACAUCCAUCCUGAAAUAUGAACACAGCAUCCUACUUGGUGCAGAUGUGUCACACAAAGUCCUCAGGAAGCAGACAGUGUUGGAUUUUCUUUAUGAACUCUACAACAAAAUGCAAGGACGUGGCAACUUCCACGAUGAGGCAGCCAAAAAGCUUGUAGGGGAAAUUGUGCUUACCAGGUACAACAACAAGACCUACAGGGUUGAUGAUAUUGACUGGAACAAGCGCCCUAACAGUACAUUUACCACACCAAAGGGCGAGAUUUCGUUCAAUGACUACUACAAGAAGAACUAUGACUUUACCAUAACAGACCAGGAGCAACCUCUCCUUUUCAGCAAGCCCAAGAAAGUUCCUGGUGGUCCCAAGGACAAGAGAAAGGGGGCUGAUGACCCCGUCCUUCUUUUACCUGAGCUGUGCUUCCUCACAGGUCUCUCGGAUGAUAUGCGAGCAGACUUCAGCGUGAUGAAGGAUCUGGCUGUACACACCAGAUUGGACCCCAAGGCCAGAAGCAAAGACCUGAAUAAGCUUAUCUCUGAGAUAAACAACAACCCAGAUGCAUCUGGUGAACUUUCAGGCUGGGGACUCAGGUUUGGAAGAAAUCUGCUUGACUUUGAUGGUAGAAUCCUGCCUGGUGAAAAGAUCUUCCAGAAAAACAAAGGAUCCAACUAUGAUCCCAAGUCUGCAGACUGGUCCCGUGAGAUUAGAGGUGCACCUCUUCACAGCACUGUUAAUCUUGAGAACUGGGUCAUUGUGCACACAAACAGAGACUCUGGUGUUGCUACUGACUUCCAGCAGACAUUGGCCAGAGUCUGUGGCCCUAUGGGCAUCAACACAACGAAACCAAGAAUGGUCCCACUGAAUGACGACAGAACAGACAGUUACUUAAAGGCUCUCAGCAAUGAGAUUCAGGCAGACUUCCCUCAGAUUGUAGUUACCAUUGUGCCCUCCAACCGCAAAGACAGAUAUGACUCAAUCAAGAAGCUGUGUUGUCUUGAGAAAGGAGUCCCAUCACAGGUUGUGGUUAGCCGUACCCUGUCCAAGAAGCAGAUGUUGAUGAGUGUGUGCACUAAGAUUGGUAUACAGCUGAACUGCAAGCUUGGUGGGGAAGCCUGGGCUGUCGACAUUCCUCUAAAGAACCUGAUGAUUGUGGGUAUUGACACUUACCAUGACUCAUCACAGAAGGGACGGUCAGUCGGAGGAUUUGUUGCUAGUCUCAAUAAGCCAUGCACAAGGUACUAUUCAAGAUGUACUUUCCAGCACAGUGGACAGGAGCUGGUAGAUGGCCUGAAGGUGUGCAUGACUGCUGCAUUGCGUCAGUGGCAGCAGAUCAAUGGCGUCCUUCCAGACAAGAUCAUAGUGUUCAGAGAUGGUGUAGGUGAUGGCCAGUUACGUGCUGUCAUUGAGCAUGAAGUUCCACAGAUUCUUUCUACCUUCAAGCAGUUCCAGGAUGGCUAUGAUCCAAAGUUUGGCUUUACUGUAGUGAAGAAGAGAAUCCAGACACGGCUGUUCAUGCGUGAGGCGCGAGACCCUGACAUGCGCAACCUAAUGAACCCACCCCCUGGCACAGUUGUUGACAAGGAAGUCACCCGAUCUGAAUGGUUUGACUUCUUUAUUGUGAGUCAAUCAGUGAGACAGGGAACAGUGUCCCCCACUCACUAUAAUGUCAUCCAUGAUACCACUGGACUGCGCCCAGACCAUUGGCAGCAGCUCUCCUACAAGCUCACUCAUCUCUACUACAACUGGCCGGGAACCGUGCGUGUACCAGCACCAUGCCAGUACGCCCACAAGCUGGCAUUCCUGGUGGGCCAGUCACUCCAUAAGGAGCCAAGCCUGAAGCUAGCAGACAAGCUUUAUUUCCUGUAAAGGCACUACUUAGUAGAGGUCCUCCCCAUCGCCACUUGUGUUGACCGUUGUUCCAUGGAGUCUUAUAUGGACUUCACUUUGUUGGAUACCACCACCAAGUAGUUGACAUUUGAAUGAGAUAUUCAUGCGUUCUUGACACUGUGACUUCUUACAAGAGGAGUAUGUUAAAUGAAGUCCCGAACUGUUUAGCCCAUAUCCCAUUUCUUAGAUCAUUUCAUCCGUUUUGCUCACAAUUUUCAACUUGAUUUUUUGAUACAUCCAAGAUGGAAGUCCGUUCUAAAGCAUUUAUAGGCACUGUUCAUCAGUGGUAAAUGGUAUAUUUUGCAAAUGAUUUCUUAAUAAAAAAAACAAACAACCCA